AUGUGUCAUAUCGCGACGCGCGGCAUUUUGUUGUACUUGGAGUCAAUUGUGGGCGUAAGUAUCGUCGGCUUUCAUGCUCGGCAGCAUCGGUACCAGCCAAGCGGACCAAAUCCCGAUCAUUUAAGCGUGAGCAGAUACAUUACGUAUGGGAUAAUCAGUCAAGCCUAG